AUGAUGUUUGCAUGGUUUCAGGGAGAAAUGGUGGAUCGAAUCGAGUACAAUGUGGAACAUGCGAAAGAGUUUGUUGAUCGGGCAGUGGCGGACACUAAAAAAGCCGUUCAAUACCAAAGCAAAGCACGACGGAAAAAGAUCUGCAUAAUCAUAACAGUAAUUGUGAUUCUACUCAUCAUCAUACUCGUCAUCAUCAUUUGGGUUGCAACGGCAAACGCCAGUUCACCGAAAUUGCCUAAGGUGGACGUAGAUUCGUCACAAAGGGUUCAAAACGAGAAGGAAGCUGCACAUAAGCGUGUCAUUAACGCCUUCUAA